GCCGGAGUUCUUGGGAUUCAACCAACUACUCUUCUAAUUUAUUCGUGUAUGCUUUAGACGCUUAGCGAGACUCAGGUGGAUAGCACUCGACAUUCGUUCCCGUGUCGUAGUGACUUCAUUGGCCGUCACCGGACCCAGUCAGUUUGCUCCACGGCUACAUCGGAACUUCCACAGUCCGCAAAUCUCGCCGUUAUCAGGGCGCGGUUGCCAAAAGCUUAAGUGUUCCGUGACUUUUUGCUUCGUCCGUCCUCUCUGCAACAUCUCCGGACUUCAAUCACCCACCAACAAGUUCUAAUCGUAUUCAUCAUGACGGAAUUGCAUGAAGCGCUCGCUUGCCUGCGACCAAAAGAUUUCAGUGACGUCCCAACUGAUAAUCUCGAGGAAUUCUUAUCCGAUAUACUAGCUAAAGCAGAGCUGAUUGCAAACUCUGUACCUCCACCUCCCAAUGGCACGCCUUACGAAUUAUCACAACGGACGCGGACCGAGCAACAACCUGCAACGAGCGCUAAGGACCUCACCAUUUCCCAAGUACGGCGACCGCCACCAGCUCCAAUGCAUGAAGAGCUGCAAAACUCAUGGGGCAAGCCUCUCAGGCUGGGAAAUGCCGAUGCCGCUACGGGGAUGAGCGUUUUUAAGAUGGCCGGGAAGGAUAGGCAUGGAGCUUGGUUCUCGAGGACUAGUGUACACGAAGGUCUAGGCUUCAAUAAAUGGAAGCGUGCCAUGCAGAGCGAGUUUGAAGAAAGUUUGAAGGUUCAAGGCGGUCCGGGCGAGGGAAACGUGCGAGGUAUUGGAGGAGAUCAGAGACUCGAGGACAUGACUGUAGAUGGUGUAGGACAGCUACAAGUAUACCAACUUUCAGCUCAGUUCCCAGGACCAACCUCACCGCGCGAGUUCAUUACCCUCCUCAUCACCUCAGAUAGCUGUCUGACCGAGGCCUCAAAAGUCGCGAAUACGGUACCCCGGCAUUUCAUGGUUGUCUCUAUACCUGUCUCCCACCCGGAUGCGCCGCCACGAAGUAACAUGGUACGGGGUUUCUACGAGUCGGUUGAGAUGAUCCGCGAGAUACCAUUACCAGACGGCGACGCAGAGACUAAUCCAGUUGAAUGGAUCAUGAUUACACGUAGUGAUCCUGGGGGUGGCAUACCUCGCUUCAUGGUGGAACGAAAUGUGCCCAGUAGUAUAUGUCAGGACGCAGUCAAGUUUCUCGACUGGGCCUGCGCGAGGAAUGAUGAAUCAGAAGUAAAAGUUGAGACAGGAAGUCUUCACGAAGUUAUGCGCAGCAUGUCUGUGGCAGAUACAAAUGGUAUUUCUGCUGGCGUUGGAGUUAGCAUAGCGGAAAAACCCACGUACCAGAGUAGCCACUUGGAGUUACAGCGCAGUGAUUCUGCAAGCUCAUCUAGCACCUCCUCAGCAGAUUCUUUUGCCUCUGCCGAGCAGUUUAAUACUGCACGUGAAGGCCUUCCGAUCGAUACAUCAAUUCCAACGCCGUCCACAGCAUCUCAACAGUCCUUACCGAUAGCAGACGACCACCACACCAAAGAACUCCAGAAGAUCGAAGAAAAAAAGGAUCAACUGAGAAUAAAGCUGGAACAAGCCCAGGAAAAACUGGACACCAACUUGCAAACCGAGAGUUCCAAAACGGAGAAGGAAAUACAAAAGGCAAACGAGAAGCAUGAAAGAGAGAAGAUAAAGCAAGAAAAGAAGUAUCAGAAAGAGAUACGGAAACUCGAGGAGCGUCGAGAGAAAGAGACUCGUAAACUGCUUGCGCGCCAACAGAAAGAAGCGGCUAAGAACCAACUCAGCAAGAUCCAGCGAGAGCGUGACGAGUACAAACAACGACUGGAUAUCUUGGAGCAGGAAAACAGACUGCUUAAGCUGCACAUUGGCGAACUACAGCACGAGAACACUGCUAUAGUUUCUCGGCUGGGCAAGACUGAGGAGGGAAUCAAGAUCUUGAGGUCAAUCAAAGAACAAGAACAAAAUUCCAGAGUGAGGGCAGACUCUGCGAGUUCAGGGAGAAGUGCGAAGAGCGGAAGGAGGAGUAAGAAUUCGAGUGAGUCGUCAAGCACGCUGGUACGGGCGGGGACUACCCGUUUCUAGGUUUCUGUGGGGGUUUCCUUUUGGUCUCUUUGGCGUAGAUAUGGGUAUGGGGUUCCUUUCCUUUCCCGUCACGUAUUUCUUUUAGCACGCCAUGUGCACGUUCACAAUGAUGAUUCCCUUGAACUACAUAUAGAAGGCGCGUAUCAUUAUAGGGUAUAUAUACCAUAAUUAUGUAUCGUGUUAUCGAGAUAGAGCUGAUGCAGAC